AUGGAAUUACUAUUAGACUCAAGCAUCAGGGACUGGGUGCUGAUUCCGAUUAUAGUAGUUGUUUUGCUAUCAGGCAUGCUGAGGGUUAUGCUGUCGCAUCUGAUGGAUCCUAAAAAAGACCCAGAAAAAGAUGAUGUCGUAGUCACACAAGCUGUCAUGAGGUCACAAAAACUAAGGCAAAAUUAUUCAAUAGUCCCAGAGUCAGCUUUUAAGAUAAGGAGAAGUUUCUUUUGCAAGCCACAGACUGGAUUUUUGUAUAAGGAGUUUGAAAAUACAGCUAUGGCGAAUUUUAUGGAUCCUACAAGCCAAUUGGAUAUGAUAAAGAAAAAUGCAGCCUAUGGGAUUACAACGAUGCUUUUGUUUUCGUGGGUUUCGAGCUUUUGUUCUGGGUUUAUUUUGGCGAGAGUGCCAUUUCCACUAACACAGAAGUUUAGAGGCAUGACACAGAGAGGAGUUGAGCUAGAUGCAUUGGAUGUGACUUAUGUUAGUUCAUCAUCAUUGUACUUUUUAGCAUUAUUUGGCAUGAAUGGAAUAUUAAGCUUGAUUAUGGGAGACGUCUUAGCAGGGAAAGAUAAAAUCCAAAACCUUGCUAUGCCUAUGAUGGGUGCUGGGCCUGCAGGAAAAGAUUUCGGAAAAAUUAUGACGGCUGAAAGAGAGAACUUAGACCUAGUCAAUUAUAAGUUUGCUUUAGAUGGGAUUGAAGAAUAUUUUUUAAAGAAGUUUUAG